AUGGCUAUGAGGUUAAUCGAAUCUGAUUCAUGUAUUAAGUUUCAAGAAGAACCUCUUAAACCUACUGGCAAUAAGACUUGGAUACAUAUAACUAAUCCUAACAAGGCGAGAGAAUGCGUUCAUGAACCUGUGUUUAUGCAGAGUGGAGAAAUAAUGCUGACUUUAGGCUACGAUUGCCUUAAAUAUAGAGAUAUAUUACAUUCCCUUCUUCAUGCGAUUGGUUUCCAAGACGAAGUGACGCAUCCUCACCGCGACAAAUAUAUUAGAGUGCUGUGGAACAAUAUCCUGCCUGCCUAUCGCCAUUUAUUUAUUAAAGAACCAAUUGAUUCUGUCAGAAGCUCUGUGGAAUAUGAUCCUCUUAGUAUAAUGCACUUCCAUGAACGCGCUUACAGCAUAAAUGGGAAAGCCACAAUCAUACCUUUGGAACCCGGGCUUUUAAUAUAUCCAUCUGAAGGUUUAUCACAACUCGACAAAAUGCGGUUACAAUUAUAUUUUGGUCAUGAGUGCAACAGACGGAAAGUAAAUGAUUUAUUAAAUUCUUGUAAGAUGACUUUACGGGAGCAGAGUAUAAAUUUGACAAGUAGCGAAGACAAGAAAAAUAAAUUAUCAAAGGAUAUUGGUGAAAAUGAUGAACAUUUAAAAGUAGAAAAGGAAAAUGGCGAUGUUAAUGGCGACAGUAGUAAAAAAGAAAAUGACGAGGAGCACGAUGAUGAGGAAGAUAAUGAAGACAAUAACGAUAAUAAGGAUAGUACC